CUCUCGGCGGCCAUGGAGCUGGAGGUGCCGGAUGAUGCGGAGAGCGCGGCAGCCGCCGAGGCCGGAGCCGUCACCCCGGAGGCUGGAUGGGGGGGACCCGACUCGGCAGGAGGUCUGGCACUGAAGAAGACGGCCCUCACUGAGGCCCCAUCAUUAUCAGGACAGCCUGGAGUUGGCCAAGGAAAGAAGAUAGGUCAUCGAGGAGUUGAUGCUUCUGGCGAAACUACCUACAAAAAGACCACUUCAACCACUCUGAAGGGGGCCAUCCAGCUGGGCAUUGGUUACACGGUGGGGAACCUGAGCUCCAAGCCAGAGAGAGACGUCCUGAUGCAGGAUUUUUAUGUGGUGGAGAGCAUUUUCUUCCCCAGUGAAGGAAGUAACCUCACUCCAGCUCACCACUACCCUGACUUCAGGUUCAAAACCUAUGCGCCCGUGGCUUUUCGGUACUUCCGGGAGCUCUUUGGAAUUCGUCCAGAUGAUUAUUUGUAUUCGUUAUGUAACGAGCCUCUGAUCGAGCUGUCGAACCCUGGUGCCAGCGGCUCCCUCUUCUAUGUCACCAGUGAUGACGAGUUCAUCAUAAAAACUGUGAUGCACAAGGAAGCGGAAUUCUUACAGAAACUUCUUCCUGGCUACUACAUGAACCUGAACCAGAACCCACGGACCUUGCUGCCAAAGUUCUAUGGACUGUACUGCGUUCAGUCGGGAGGCAAGAACAUUCGGGUGGUGGUGAUGAACAAUAUCCUGCCCCGGGUGGUGAAAAUGCACCUCAAAUUUGACCUGAAAGGUUCGACCUACAAACGCCGGGCAUCCAAGAAGGAGAAGGAGAAAUCCAGCCCCACUUUCAAGGACCUGGACUUCAUGCAGGACAUGCCAGAAGGCCUAAUGCUGGACACAGACACCUUCAGUGCACUGGUGAAAACGCUGCAGCGAGACUGCUUGGUGUUGGAAAGCUUUAAAAUCAUGGACUACAGCCUGCUACUCGGGGUGCAUAACAUAGACCAGCAAGAACGGGAGCGGCAAACUGAGGGAGCCCAGAGCACGUCUGAUGAGAAGCGUCCUGUUGGGCAGAAGGCACUUUACUCCACAGCCAUGGAGUCCAUCCAGGGUGGGGCUGCCCGGGGGGAGUCCAUAGAUACAGAUGACACAAUGGGAGGAAUCCCAGCCGUGAAUGGCAAAGGAGAGCGCCUCCUGCUGCACGUCGGAAUAAUAGAUAUCCUUCAGUCCUACAGGUUCAUCAAGAAGCUAGAACACACUUGGAAGGCCCUUGUCCAUGAUGGGGACACGGUCUCAGUGCACAGACCCAGCUUCUAUGCAGAGAGAUUCUUCAAAUUCAUGACCAACACAGUGUUCCGAAAGAAUUCCUCUCUGAAAUCGUCUCCAUCUAAGAAAGGACGUAGUGCCUUGUUAGCUGUCAAGAUGCCUGGCCCAACAGCUGCAUUUUCAGCUAGCCAGAUCCCCUCGGAGAGGGAUGAAGCCCAGUAUGAUCUCCGAGCCGCCAGGAGUUACCCCACGUUGGACGACGAAGGAAGGCCAGACCUGCUACCCUGCACUCCCCCUUCCUUCGAAGAAGCAACCACAGCCUCCAUAGCAACGACGCUCUCUUCAACGUCGCUCUCUGUUCCUGAGCGGUCUCCCUCGGAGACCUCUGAGCAGUCCAGGUACAGGAGGCGCACACACUCCUCAGGGCAGGAUGGCAGGUCUCACGAGGAGGUUCGGGUUGAAGAGGAACUCCAGCAGAUAACCGUAGAGCUGGAAAGCAAAUGUGACGUUGAGAUCAUAGCUCCUGAGGAGGACGACAGAGGGCAAGCGGCCUCUUCAGCCUGUGCCAUUGCAACAGCCACCGCUACAAUCGAAGUGGAAACAGCCAGCCAGGCCUCGGAGCCAGCCAGCCAGGCUUCAGAUGAAGACGAUGUGCCAGUCGCAGACAUAUACUUUCCUACAGACGAGAGGAGUUGGGUUUACUCCCCCCUCCACUAUAGCACUCAAGUCCACUCUGUCUCCGAUGAGGAGAGCGAUACAUAAUCUCUAUGCAGACACUGAAGACCCAGAGAGCAGCGGUUCCCUCUGCAGGUUGAGGUGUUCCCUUUCGUUGACACAGAUGGGAUGGGGAAGAGCUUGCUGCACUGCUGGAUCUGGGCACUGCGUUUCAGGCCGGAGCGAAACGUUCUCUAAACGUGUAUUUAUACCUACCCGAGACACGGACAGCAAAGAACCUCCCACCCAGAGCGCCCGCAUAAAGCGGGCUGUUACGAGGCCUGGGUAGUGACUGUUCCCAAACAGGCACCACUGCAGCUACCUACCCGUGUGGGAUACUGUGAACCUUUUUCAUUUUUAAUCAUGUAUUUAUUUCUUUUAUCGUUGCACAGACACUGCACAAAUGUGCUUUUUUUUUAAACAUUUAGUUUACUGCACUUUCUUUGGUUGUCCUAUUCUAUGUAUGUGCUUCAUCAAGAGUGUGAAACCUCACAGGAGAUAGAGAACAAAUCUUCACGGGGGGGAGGGGGUCUGAGGCGGGCAGGUCCAGUCCUAGCUUCACUGAUGAGGAGGCAAUGUGGUCUAACCCCCAGACAACAGGACUGGGAGUCAGGAGUCCAGACUCCGUGUGACCUUGGGCAAGUCACUUAGCCACUCUGUGCCUCGGUUUCCACAUGUGUGAUUGCGGGUAAUACCCACCUUUGUCAAAGCACUUGGACCCUCAGAUGAAAGGUGCUAUGUAAAUGCAAUGUAUUCGAGGCCAGUGAUGUGACGAGAAUCACUCCUGUAUUAAAGCAGUCCAAGUUAGACAUGCCACUUGAGCUGAAUUUAGAAAUUUCUAGUGACCUCUACAAUUAACUUGUUGAUCUAUAUGGGAGAAGCAAAAACACCCCUGGCUGUAAUGACAUGGCUUCUUGGCCUGGCUCUCGUCUGGGCGUUGGAGAUGUGGGGCUCUGCCUUCACCAUGAACUGUGCUGCUCAGUGGUGGGCUGGAGAUCUGCUCUGAUUUGCUGGCAGACUGAUAUUCUGGAAGACUGCUGCCGCGGCCAUGGGGCAUGGAAGGAGGAGAAUUGUGUGACUGCAGCUGGGCAUUGCAGGCUAUUGAAGUCACUUAGCAGCAGCAUGUUCAUGACUCUAUCUGAUGCUUAAGCGAGUGAGGGUGUCAGAGGUUCACGUGUAUCCCUUCAUAGCUGAAACCGACACGCCACCCUUCCCCCAUAUUGAAGGAAGUCAGAAGCCCAGCUGGAAGAGUCUGUAUUGGGCACGUGACACACAUGUUAUUGACGCACAGCCAGGGGAGACCAGCUGUAUGAUGUGGCCCCUGAGUCUCUGAGGUGGAUAGCGCUGCUCUGUGCUCCAGAGGUAUCUUUUUGCAGGCUACGGUCUUUAGACCAGAUAAGAUUUGGCUUCACUUAACCAUGAAAUGGCACAAAGCAGUGACCUGGUGUUGACUUCAAGUUCCUCCUUGUGAUUGUAGGAUACUGCAGCUGUAGGUCCUGACUUCUCUAGCGAUCACAUCUCCUUUCCCAUGAAUUAGAAAGUCUUGCGCGCAGAGAGGACUUGGGCGUGUCUCUGUCCUCCUCGGACUCUAGUGUAAAGUGGGGGGGGUAAAGAUCACUUUUUAAUGCUGUUACAUUCUUCAAACCUCUGUUCUCAAGCUUCCCUGUGCAGUAGCAGUGAGAGGACAGCCCCAGUCUACAGGCCAAGCACUGAGGAACUGGUACCACGGUCUGUCCUGGCAGCACUCAGGACAUAUUGGGGAGGCAGGUUGGGUCGGUGGGAGUGUCGAAGCUUUUUCCCUAGGAGCUGCCACUGUUCUGAGGAUCUUCAGCUGAUGGCUUUCUCUUUAAAUACUCGGAGCCUGAAUUUUCAAUCCCUGCCCUGCAGAGGCUGAAGACUUGCACUCCCAAUGUGUGCUGGGCUUUAUAGGAGCUGUUACGCUGUUUGAGCUUCACCUGUAUUGGUCUAGAAUAUCCUUUCUUUGGAACUCCUGUGGGUUUAAAAGAACCCCUCUUCUCUCCUUAACAGCUGUGAAAACAAAGAUGCUGCCAUUACAUCCAUGAGUCAGGUGGCGAAUCUGCUACAGAACUCUGGCAGGUUCCUAAAAGCUUCCUCAGAAUCCUACAUAGCCCCUUCUCUCCUUACACACAGGUAUAGCUACCAUCAUUUGGGCAUUUGGUGGUAUGUAGGGCUCAGCCCAGGCCCACUUGGCAGUCUCCUCUCCAAAGAGGAGGCUGGGCGAAGGAGCUAGGGAGGUGAACAAUGCGUAGACUCCGCUACUGCUGAGUGCUAAAGGCAGAAGAUUUCAGAACACAGCUAAACGUACAGCGUGACUUUUCAGAAGCACUGAGCAGCUCCAAGUCCAAAGGAAGCCAGUGGGAGCUGCUGAUGCUCAGCCCUGUGACAACCAAGCCCUUGAUUUCAACAUGGAGUAACCUAGGCUUUGUGGGGAGUGACGAAGAUGAGCUAGGCCCAUCUCUGACCAGCAUUGCAGGGCUCUGAAAGGAAGAUGCUGCCUUCCUGGUGAUCAAAUCCUUAGCCCUAUGCCUUUAGAAGAAGAUGCUGAAGUUUGGCACUUCUGAUUGCCCAAGAAUAAAGAGCAGGAUUUUAUUACUUUCAACCAUUUGGAAGAUCUCUGAUCUGUUUAUCCAAUACACCUACUCCAGUCAGUAUCUCUGCAGCAAAGACAAAGCAUCUUUGGUGAUGCGGUUUGCAGCUGUGGCAUUUCCUUGGUCUGCUCCCACAUUAGAGGCUGAAGCUGAGAGCCCUGUUCUGUGAGGUUGGAAAACUGAUCUUGCUUCCUCCAUUCCAAAAGUAUUCCUUGCUGCCAGAGUGUUUUCCACUCUGACGUUCUAGGGCAGCAGCAUCUGUGUAAAUCUCUUGUUUUCAACCCUUUGCAGCAAGCAAGUAUUUUAGGGUCUAUUAUUGACUCUGAACGUCUUCUAAAGAUACAGCUACUCUGGGCAUUACCAAAAAACCCUUCCCCGGAGCCGCACUGCAGAGGGAGUUGGUCAGAAAUAAACCAUGUUGUUCACCUGCAGUCCCAUCCCCCCCAAAGCAUUGUGCUGUGUUGUCUUGUCCAUUAGAAGGAAAGGCUUAAACUCCCAUUUCCAUUAUGGGAGAGGCACGUGGCUGGAGGAAGGGACCCGUCGGGUAUGUCUACACUGCAUUUAGACGCCUGCGGUUGGCCUGUGCCAGCUGGCUCGGGCUAAGGAGCUGUUUCACUGCGGUAUAGAUGUUCCUGCUUGGGCUGCAGUCCAAGCUCUGGGACCAUCCCACCUCACAGGGUCCUAGAGCCUGGGCCUCAGCCGAAGCCUGAACGUCUACACUGCAAUUAGCCUCACAAGCCCGAGUCAGCUGGCACAGGCCAGCCAUGGGGGUUUAAUUGCAGUGUAGACAUACCCUUGGGCUCCAAACAAGCUUCUCUACCAUCAGUUGGAGUCUUAUUUCCUGCCUCCUGGACUUCAGCAUAGUUUUUGCAAGGCUUACUCAUACAGUAGGUGGUAUGAGAGAGCUCCCCACUUCCAGAGCUGGACUGGGGAUAGCGGUCUGCUACUGUCCGUUCUCUAGGGAUGACGGGGAGGAGAGGGGUUGCAUCACUAGAUUCGGCUGGUUGAUUCUGCCCUAGAUCUAUGGUGAGGCUUUGCCAUCUACCAGGAUUUUCAUUGUUAGCUUCACUAUAGUGGACAGUUGGCUUAUGAGCUAUCGCCUGUUUCAAGCUCUAGUCUACUUGCAUCUUUGAAAGGAGGCAGCUUGUUCCUUUUCCACUGCAGUGUUAGUGGGACGAUCCAGUGAGACCCUAGGCUUCCAAGUAGCUUCAUGUCAUUAGUGUCCCACCAUCAUCCCUGCAGCCUGCUACUCACCUGCUCCAAGUGUGUGGCCAUUGCUUCUGCUAAGGCUAGUUGUGAGCGCCGGUGUCGGGGAUUCCCAGGGGAGUGUCUCGUGCCAGGCUACAGGAUGCGAAUGCAGACGGGGGUAUAGUUAAGACCCCACUUCAGUGAAGAAAUGCAAAAUGUUGACUGCCAAGGUGGCCUCUGGGCUGUUACUUGCUGGGUGUUCCAACCCAAGUCUGAGCCUUUCUCGAGCAGCUCCUGGGCGGGAGAAGCCUCAGUUUGAAUGAUUCAGCAGGCGCACCACUGCGCUCCAGUGUGUUCUGUGUUCAUUUGGGAACUCUCCCGAGGGAACAGGAGUAACAGCUUCUCCGGAGCAGACUCCCAAUGUGCGCUCGGUCACUGAAAAUGAACCAACUGCAGAGACUGGUGCUCCGGAGAGACUCCUGGAAGCCCCAAAAGCCCCAGGCUCUGCUAGGUGUCUGGGAUCCAUAGCUGUAUCCUUUACUGCUGGUAGCAGUCAGUCACUGCAGGUAUCCUGCUGUCACGCCCCCGCCAGGAUCAUCUGGGUGAGUGUCGAAAUCGCACUUUGUGAAACCGCAAAAAGAUUUAAUCUCAGCACUGAAGCUGGCAUGACUGUGAUCCUUGAUGGCAGCAUUAGAGACGGCACAAGCUCUGUACUUGUCCCUGUCAUCGUCAGCCAGUUGACUCUUGAAACACGUUCCAGCCUUUCCUUCUAGCAAAGAGCCUUCCCUGAGCAGCUAAACCCAGCCGGGGUAUCUUUUCUUCACACUCCCACCCACCAUCAUUGCCCACGUUUUUAAAUGGAAAGGCAAAUGAGAGAGCUCAGACUUACUGGAUCAUGUCUGAUUUGUUUGAAGUCUACAUUAGACCAAGUAUAAUAUAGCUGAUGUUCAUAUUAGGUCAUUUUGUAUGUAUGCUCCGUGUAAAGAAUGUAUGUAAGUAGGGGGGGUUUGUGGGAGGGCGUGGGGAGUGCUUCUCUGAAAAAAAUGAUGAGAAUCCAUGGAUAUUGUCAUGUUUCUCUUUUUUUGUUUCAGUUUAAGUCCUGAACGCUUUUUUGGAAGUCUUUUUUCUCAGAGAAAUGUAUAUUGAUGCUAAUUGUUCUUCGGCUGUGCGAUAAAGCAUAAUGUCGUCUUUGAUGUAAACACAGAGGCAAGCAAACUAUUUAUAAUGUCUAGUGAAUUAAUUGCCUUACCCGAAACCCCCGGGGAAUGGUUCCUAAAAAUAUUGUUUCCCUUUUUAGUGUAAAGAAUUUUGUAAAUACUUUCAGCGUGAGAUUGCACCCUCGUUUGUCUUGUCUCUCUGAUGGCUGCUAUUGCUCAGAAAGUGGAUACUGUUUGAACUAUUGUACUGUAUUAAAACGAAGGCAUUUUGUGAGACAAUUUAGAUGCAAUGUUCUCUUGGAAUCAUGAACUUAGCUCAAAAGGCAAUACUCUUGUUAAUAGCAGAGUCCUCUCUCUCACCUGUUGGUGACGUUUCCUACAGUCCUAGCCUGUGCUCAUUCCUGACUCCCAUAGAGAGAGACUGCUGGUUUUGUUGAGACUUGGGUUUGUAGCUCGAGUUGAUUGGCCAUUAACUCAAGUUGGCUAAUACGUUUGUAAAUAUAUGGCCAGUCCACACAUUUGUGUCCUGACCCACCUGUGACAUACCCACAGUCGCCUUCACAGACGUGUCGGCUAACUCAACUCAACUCAACUUAACUUGCAGUGAGUUAACUCGCAUUAAACUCUGACCGAGGCAAACCCUUUUUUUGUUGUUAAAUUGCAUUGAGGUCAAUCUUCUCUCAUGUUUUACUUCGUAAUUUAUGAAACGUUGUAUGUCCUUAACUAUUGAAGCGGGUUCUAUUAGAACUUUUGAGUCCAACAAUACUUUGACAAUCUCUGAGCUUUUUUUUGUCGAGGGGAGAGCUGUACCUUUGAACCCAGAGCUGUGGAAUUUCUGUAUAAAAUGUACAACCACUGCUGACAGGAACUAAUAAGACUUGUAUGCAACAGCCUCCUCAUUCUGCGUCCCCUCCUCCCCCUUCCUUUAUUUUGGAAAGGAUCUCUCUAAUAAAUAGGGUAAUCAUGCAA